GCCCCCUCAGAGCAGACUGUUGGCCCUCGCAGGCUCGGGUGGAGGUAGAGGGCGCGGGAGCUUAUUGCUAAGGCGUGGAUUCUCGGAUAGUGGAGGAGGACCCCCAGCCAAACAGAGGGAUCUUGAAGGGGCAGCCAGUAGGCUGGGUGGAGAACGUCGGACAAGGAGAGAAUCACGCCAAGAAAGCGACGCAGAGGAUGAUGAUAUUAAAAAGCCUGCGUUGCCAUCUUCUGUUGUUGCUACCUCCAAAGAGCGAACACGUCGAGACCUUAUACAAGAUCAAAAUAUGGAUGAGAAAGGAAAACAAAGGAAUCGGCGUAUAUUUGGCUUGUUGAUGGGCACUCUUCAAAAAUUUAAGCAGGAGUCCACGGUUGCUACUGAGGGGCAAAAGAGACGAAAAGAGAUCGAACAAAAACUUGAAGUGCAGGCGGAGGAAGAAAGGAGGCAGGUUGAAAACGAAAGGCGCGAACUCUUUGAAGAGAGACGGGCUAAACAGACUGAGCUGCGGUUGCUGGAGCAAAAGGUCGAGCUUGCUCAGCUGCAAGAAGAAUGGAAUGAACAUAAUGCUAAAAUAAUUAAAUACAUAAGAACGAAGACAAAACCCCACUUAUUCUACAUCCCUGGCAGAAUGUGUCCUGCUACCCAGAAGCUGAUGGAAGAGUCACAGAAAAAGAUGAAUGCACUCUUCGAAAGCAGGCGAAAUGAAUUUGCAGAGCAAAUUAACAAAAUGGAGGCCAGGCCCAGAAGACAAUCUGUGAAGGAAAAAGAACAGCAGGAGGUGCAGCGUGAAGAAAAGAAGGAAGAACAGAACAAGGAGCAGGAAGAGGGUAAGGCGGCUCAGCAGGUGGAAGAGUUGGAGACAGGUAAUCAGCACAAUGAUGUAGAAAUGGAGGAGGUAGGGGAGGAAAAGGGAAAAAUAGGUUCAGGGCAUAGCGAUGCAGAGAAAGAACAGGAGGAGGAUGAACAGAAACAUGAAAUGGAGAUUAAAGGUGAAGAGACGACUGAGGUGAGGGAGAAUGACAAGCAAGAGGAUGGUCAGCCUGAAGAGGUCACAGUUGUAAAAGAGGAAAAUGAAAACAUUCAGCCAGUGGAUAAUGAGCAGGAUAUGGCUGAAAUGAAUGAGGCAGAUAGUGUAGAACCUGUAGAGAAUGAAAAUGGCAAAGAAGUGGAACCAGUAACAGAGUGUGACGCUCAGCCAGAAAAAGUGUGUAGCGUUCCUUCUCCUGAGAAGGAGAAGGGCGUCAAACCAGAAAUGGAAGCUGAGCCUGAAGAAAAACAGGAGAAGGCACCUGAAGCUAAGCCAGAACCUGUGGCUGAGGCUGUGUCUCAGCCGCAGUCUGUGCCACUGCCACAGUCACCUCAGUUGUCUCAGUCCACUCAGGAUAUAGAGCCCCAGCCAGACAAGGAUGAAAACGCGAUGGUGUCUGUAAAGGUGGUUGAGGCACAGACAGAGCAGAGUCAGACACCAAGUGCAGAAGUUAAGAAUAAGACUAGGAGCAGGGGGAGGGCAGGGAACAAAACUGGUAAGAUUCACAGCCGUAGCAGCAGCAGCAGUAGUAGCAGUAGUACUUCAAGCACUACUACUAGCGGAAGUAGUUCCAGCACUGGCAGCAGUAGCAGUCGGAGUAGUUCCACCACCAGCAGUACUACAAGUGGAAGUACUAGCAGGGACAGUAGCAGCAGUAGCUCUAGUACUAGUGAAAGUAGAAGUCGAAGCCGAGGAAGAGGGCAUAACAGAGAGAGAAAACACAGAAGGAGCACGGACAGGAAGCGAAGGGAUGCUUCAGGAGUAGAUAGAAGUCACAAGUCCUCAAAGGGUGGGAGUAGAGAUACCAAAAGCUCAAAGGACAAAAGUUCAAGAUCUGACAGGAAGAGGUCUAUAUCAGAAGGUAGUCGGUCAGGCAAGAGAACUUCCCGGAGUGAAAGAGACCGUAAAUCAGACAGGAAAGACAAAAGGCGUUAACAGAAGAGACCAAGCUUCCUUAGCCUAAUCUUUGCAGCGGAAGAUUAUUUGAGUGAAAGGAUUCCUUGUAAGGAGGAGGAGAAGGCUGCCUUAAGAAUUGCAUGCUGUAAAAAAUCUUUUGGAAAAAUGCAGACUGUUUACCAGGCGUUCUUGUACUUUUUACAUAAUUUUGUAAAAGGUUACUUACCAAAAUUAUGUGAAGUUCCUGAAAAUGUACAAAUAAAAGUUUAACACUC